AUUAUUAAUAAAUCUUUCUUUAAAUGUAAUGAUCGCUUUAUAAAACGACGAUCAAAGACGGCCCCUUUCGUUACGAAAAGCGGAACGGGUGAGUUCGUCCAAACGUCGUUGUAAUCAAACUUUUUUCUUUUAUUUGUAAGUUUUAUUAGUUGUGUCGUUGGCUACCUUUAAGUCGCCGUGAUGCAAUCUUUUAUCUACUUUAUCAAUAAGAGGAGUGCAUUCGGGCUACAUUCAGUCACAUAAUAUUAUUUAUGUUGAUAUUUGUUUGAAGGUAUGACAUAACGCAGCGCGGGAAUGUCGGAAAAUGACAGGUCCGUAUUUCGCGCGCUUUUCAAUAUAAGAUGGUGAACAGUUGAGUGACUCUGCAGUGCCGCUCCCGCGUUCUUAGAUCCAACAACGCCCAUCAUGAGGAGAAAGGCAUUACUGAUAUUGGCGUGCCUUGCGUUGAGUGAAACGUUAGGUGAACCUGAAAAGCCUAAAGUGAAUCUGGUAGACAACAUUGCCAAUGAAAGUGGUUCCCACCUGUACCGCCAUGUUCCCGCGGUAGUGUACGCCAGUGCUGCGCCCUACGCCGCCUACUCGUUCCAUGCCCCGGGGCUCGCGACUGCACCGAGAGAUAUGCAGCUCGUGCCCGUUAACCGAGAGAGAGUUGUUAUACAGAACACAAACGGUUUUUUGACGGAUUCCUACGGAAAAUUUGCGGAGACGCCUCAAAUGGUGGGAUUUAAGACAACAUUACCUCAACAGUUUGUGCGCCUUCAAGAUCUGCCACUACACCUGUCUCAACCUUUGGUGUCUGGCACACCUGGGGCACAACAAGGAGCACAACAUUUUUUUGCACCUACACAGUUCAACGUGCACGGAUUCCAAGCACCCGGGUCAUCGCCAUUUGCAAGAUACGCAGUACCGCAACACGUCGUACAUAAUGCAAAUACAAGGAAUUUUGCUUCGUUUCCAGUUCAACAAAAUAACUUUACUCCUCAUCCAGUGGUACAACAACAACCCUCCAGCAACAAAUCGGUUUUUGUCAACUUGCAGUCUGUGGAACAGCAAAGCAAUGGACCGAAAUUUCAGCGUUUACAAGAGUCGCCUAGAAAUUCGGCAGUUGCCCAAGAACACAAAAAUUCAAAUCUUAAUAAUCCCCAACCGCUGCGCGUUGAUAAAGAACAAUUGCAAGCGGCUCCCGCCAAAGUUACUACUUAUGUUAAUGGAAAAAAAACUGUAUUAUCAUUGGAAACUAGACCGCCCCUACCUUUGUUAGACAUCAGUCUGCUUGAACCAUUGACGUUCGAUAACCCACUGGUACCUCAAGUACAACAUUUCUUGCCAAGAAUAAAUGAAGCAACUUAUCAUUCAUUGCACGAUUAUAAUGCUAAUAACAAAAAACAACAUAAAUCAGGACAACUCAAACCUAAAUCUAAAGAAAGUGGAGUGGUUAGAAAUAAACCAAAGUCAAAGCAAAACAUAAAUAAAAAGAAACAACCGCGACCACAAUAUAAUGAAAAUGAAGACGACCAUCAAACUCCAGAUAUCACAAUGAACGAAACUCCGAAUGCAAGUCCUGAGAUCUCCCAUGAAAUUAAGUCGCCUAAUUAUAAGGAAACGUACAAGGAACAAGUUAUAAGUUAUAAUAAAGAAAUGACAUCAAAGCCCGUCACGUACAACUAUAACAAAGAGGAGCAAUCGCAGCCCAUUAAUUACAGCUACAACAAAGAAACAAGGUCUGAACCUAUCCAAUACACAUACGAGAAACAAGUUCAGUCAAAACCUGUACAUUAUAGUUACGAGCAUAAUUCUAGGGCUCCCCAGCAAGAAAAUCAAGCGCAUAACAAAAAUCGUGAACAAGAUCCAAAGCAACUAACGUACACAUCCAAAGACGAGAAUAAAAACGAAGAGCAAAGUGAUCACGUCCGUGCAAAGCAGCCGGUGAUUUCUAUCGAGCUGCCAGAAAAUUCAUCUGAAGAUGAUAUUCCGAAACAGCCACAGUCUCCGCAAAAUACCUACAACAUACAACGUGACCAAUAUUCAAAUGCACCUCAGCCCUCACACCAAUUGGUGCCAGAGCAUAGACAAGUGACUUACAAUCAGAAAAAUCUCCAAGAUGAAUCUCAUAUAGAUAAUCAUGAGUUCCCAAAAUCAUUUAUGGACCUAGUUAAUUCUCAAAUCAAACACAGACAUUAUCAUGCCGGAAUUUCUAAGAAUAAUAAUCAUAACAACCAAUUACCCGCACAUAGACCCAACGAGCAUAUUCGAGUUGAUCCUGAACAGCACAUACACAACCAGCAACCUGACCGUCCGCAAGAAACACAACAGAGUGGAGGACAACACCGGAAACACCAUGAUGACUAUGUCCGCAAUUCACAUACGUAUGAAAAACCCAAAGGCGGUCGUGAAUUUUCUGAAGGUAAUAAUAAUGAAAACCAGAACAGGCAACCGGCCAACGAAGAAGAAGAUAAAGAAGAAAAUUUCGAAAGAGCCUACAAAAAUGCAGCUUUCGGAUUUCCAGGAUACGAGAGGAAUUCUGAAGAAAUCGAAAAGGACAUCUACAAUCCGGAAGCGUACGCCAUAGCUCGUGAGAAUGAUAAUUUUGAUUUUGAGCAUGCGCCCUUCCAGCAAUAUUAUGAGGAAAGUGAUAAGUUUCCGAAAGAAACCCACUCCAGUUACAAAGACAGUCGAGAUAAAGUGAAAGAAGAUUAUUUCUUAGGUUUUACCGCCGCUAAACCUGAAAGUAUCAACGAUAGACAUAUUAACAAACAGGAAUACUUUGAGAUGUAUAAACAACAUAAACCCGAAAAUUAUUUUAGCGCAAAGAGAAAUGAAAAUGAAAACGAGGAGCAUGAAAAGCAAAACGCCAAGUACUCCGCUAUUCCUUACUACUACGAUCCAGAAGAAAAACCCAAGCAACAGUUUGCCAGGUACCAUGCGGCUGCGGCGCCGACAGUUUUGUACGAAUUUGAUUACACCAAAGAAACUCCCCGUGACAAUACCGCUCGUGAUUCUCAACCGUUUCAACGAUUUAAAACGAAGACACAAUUCGUAGAACCUCAGUUCCAAUACGGUUUCGAGCCUUCCUCUUUACCUUAUCUCCUCGACAGCGAACUGUCGCCGAUGGCGAGCAACGUAAGGCUCGAGAGUGAAAAACCUGGGGCAAGGAAAAAAAUGUACAAAGAAAAUUGGUACAUUACAAAGAGUAGUACAUCAGGAGGUAGCAACAAAAGCUGAUAGAGUUAUUUAUUGAACCAAAAGUUAGUGUA